AUGGUAUGUCUUUUGCGCAUAGCACCUGACUUGCUAGCAAGCAGGCGCUCGCUGUGCAUGAUGCAGCUGCUCUACCACUCCUUCUGGCUCUCCCCGACUGAGGCAGCAGAGCUGCUGGAGAGAUUCCCGCGCGAGAGCAGCUCCUGGAGUACGGCGCAUCCGGGCGGCAAGGCUGACGAAGGAGGUGCGCGGAGAGUUCAGCAAUGGGGCUUUGCUUUCGACUAUGCGCUUUACGAGCAGGCCCAAGAGACGCCUGGCGUCGUGCCACUGAGGCAUGAAGAUGCCAUGCCGAAGUGGCUGCAGGAAGUUGGCAACCGAGCUUUUGAAGCCCUGGGCUUUCAGAGCCAUCCCAGCCAGGUCAUCGUCAAUGAGUACCUCGAUGGACAGGGCAUUGGGGCACAUGCCGACCACCCGUGCUUCGGGCCCGAGAUCGCCAUCGUGUCCCUGGGCGACCCCAUAGUGAUGAGCUUCUCCAGGCGGCAGGAUCUCCCUGCUUCGGGGCUACAAGAUAUCCCUACAACUUUAGGGGGACAGGGGGACUUCAGCGUUCCCUUGGUCCACGGCUCGCUUCUGGGCCUGUCCGAUGACCUGCGCUGGAACUGGUUGCACAGCAUAGCCCCCAACCAGCGUUUGCAACGCAGAGUCUCGCUUACCUACCGUACCAUCCAGGACUCGGCUCUACAAGCGCUGUGUGAGUCGACCCAGACCCCCAAAGGGAUCUAA